AUGAAGUACGAAACUCUGUUGUUUCUUGGCCUGCUGGGCUCCAGGUGGGCGAAUGCCUUUCAAUGCAAUAAGGACGACAGAUUAAAGAAGUACAGACUGGCUCAGGGAAACGGCGGUGGCUACGUGUAUGGUUCUGUGGAAAGGGAUACCCCUCCCAGUACCACGGAGGAGAAAUGGUGGGUGAAUGUGUGUGCAGAGAAUGAUAAGAAUGAUUUACCAUCGGAAUGCGAUCGAAACGACGUGCUUUGCGGCCUCACGUAUGUUACUGUGCCAGGUAGGGACACGCUGAUGACACAGGAGAUCGAGUUUCCGCACUCGCUAUCUGGACCUGUGGAAGAAGUCGAUGGCAAGCUUCGUCUGAGCUUGAGGGGCACCAAGUGGGGGUCGGAGAGCUUUGAUGCCCAGCUGGAAUUCGAGUGUGACGAUAAUAUGAAGACGGAUGAGAUGGUCUCGAGCACAUGGCAGGAUAAACAGAUACGCAUAAAUAUCAAGGGUCCUUCGGGCUGCCUGAUCAAGAACGAAGAUGGAAACAGGGAUAAAGACAGAAGGCCUCACUUGAAAGACCCCAACGAGCGCAAGAAAGGUACGUCGUGGUUUACCUGGUUGUUGCUAUACGCAUUGCUAUUCACUCUGAUAUACUUGCUGGUGACAGCGUAUGUGAAUACGAGGGGCGGGUCCUUCCAGGAUUUCCGCGAAGAGUUUAUAGAUCGCUCUACGCAGCUCAUAACUUCACUGCCGGCGUUUGCCAAGGAGGUCGCUGCCCGGAUCUUCGGCAGCGGUUCUUCCCAGCGGGGUGGCUAUAGCGCAGUCUGA